GCUAGACGAAAGCAAAACGCAUGUGAAAAAUUGGCGGGCUUGUUACAUUUAAUCUGGAGUAACGUACUGGUUCUAAAGCGGGGCAGUGUUACUAUUUCUUUUUUUAUUUUAUUUUUAUAAACUCUAACAGGGAAACUGAAACUAAGGAAACAGCUGUCGUCGUGAUCUCCGCAAUCCAACCAUGGCGCAAGUUUUCUGUCCAUCACUACACAUUCGUCUGGCAACAAGACCAAAACUUGUGCUCAAAGGAGCUGCGAUUGUUGGGGAUAUCGCCGUUGUGCUACCUAAUCAUUGAAACUUUCGCGGACCGCAGUUUCCGCCAGUUUACUUGUUCGUGUUGGUGCUGCCCCUUUCUCUCUGCGGUCAGGGCCCGAGUAGGUUGCGGUCAAUGUGGGUCCACGGCUGACGCUGCCUGCCGAUAUGGCUCCCAAAUCUCGGAAAAUUGCCAUUAUGGGCUUCCGAUCCGUCGGAAAGUCGUCGCUGACGAUACAGUUCGUGGAGAACCAGUUCGUGGACUCGUACGACCCCACGAUUGAAAACACAUUUCACAAGACCGUCAAACUCAAGGGCCAAGAGUACCACCUCAAGCUCGUCGACACUGCGGGACAGGAUGAGUACUCCAUAUUUCCUCAGUCUUACUCCAUGGACAUCCAUGGCUACGUGUUGGUCUACUCGAUCAAUUCUGCAAAAAGUUUUGAGGUGGUCAGGGCACUAUACGAGAAGCUCCUGGACAUGACUGGAAAAGUCCAUGUCCCCAUUGUUCUUGUUGGCAACAAGGUAGACCUGAGGGUUGAAAGGGUUGUUAGCUAUGAAGAGGGGAGGCAAGCUGCUGAAUACAUGAAAGCAGCAUUUUUAGAGGCCUCAGCAAAGCAGAAUCAGAGCGUGUUUGAGAUCUUCAGCACCAUGAUACAACAGAUUGACAGGGCUGACGGCAAUGUGCCUGAGAAGCAAUCCUGUGUUGUCUCCUAAUGGCUUACCUCAGCAGAGCUGUUCUCCAUCUGGUUCUGUUCAGGGACUGCUCGGAAGCGUUCGGGCUGUGGACAGAAUAAAGAAGCCCACCGCUUUUGCUUUUACA